AUGACUCUUGACUACUCAAGAAAUCACCAACAUGAUGCUGCGUUGAACAUGGCGUUUCACGAUAUAGAAGAAAUUUUACAGCAACAUGGGUCAUCGUGUGAAAAGAUUGGUUUACCACCACCAAGUGGGGUCGCGCCUCUAGAGGAAGGAUUUAAUCCGAUUAUAGAAGCCCAGAUUGCUCAAGAAAGAAUUGCUAUCCUGAAUCAAAACCAACGAGAGGCCUUCAAUAGAAUUGUACGAGCCAUCGACAAUCCAGAAGACCCAGAACGAGCUUUUUAUAUUGAUGGUCCAGGAGGCUCGGGGAAGAAGUUCCUUUACGCCACCUUAUUAUCAUUUGUUCGCGGAAGAUCCCAGAUUGCCUUGCCGUUUGCUACGACGGGGAUAGCUGCUACGUUGCUAAAAGGGGGAAGAACUGCUCAUAGCGGAUUUAAGCUAGACGUUCCACUGAUUGACACGUCAGUUUCUAGGUUGCGACCUUCUUCCAAAGAUGCAGAUGUGCUUCGACAAAGCUCACUCAUUCUUAUCGAUGAGAUUACAAUGUUAUCAAAACAUGGACUCAGGUGUAUCGACAGAUUACUACGAGAGGUUACGAAUUGUAAAGAAAAACCGUUUGGUGGGAAGGUAAUUGUUAUUGGAGAAGAUUUUCGUCAAACCCUUCCUGUUGUUCCACGAGGUACCCGCGCCCAAAUCCUUGAAUGUUGUAAAAGCGAGUAA